AACCCGGAACCAGUUUCUGAAAUGUCUGAAUUUACAAAAGUGAACAUUAUCCCGCUUUUAAAUGCAUAUGGCGCACCUGCAUUGCUCGAUGAACUAUACCAUUAUGCAUUAUUAAACUCUCCUGGCUUUAAUCGUAGGAAGAGGAAGUAUCUGCGUUAUGGAUUACGUCAUGCUUUGAAAGAAGGCGUCAAAGCCAAUUAUUUAAUUAAAAACGAUAAAUAUUAUGACAUACCUGAUAUUAUUAAUCAAACUGAUCCACUUUCAUUAGAUCUAAAAAAGGCAGUAGAUAUAUCUGAGACUGUUGCGACAAACUUCAGGAAAAAAGUAAAAAAGAAGAAGAAAGAUGAACCUACUACUUCUGGAGGAUCCAUGGCUACUGCGAGCAGUAAUCCAAAAGGCAAUGACCCGAAAGUAAGAUAUACUUAUUAUGUUUGCGCCCAAUGUGGUAAAGUUAAGCGUGAUAGGUGCAGAACAGAAAAUUAAAUAUCUGAACCUGCUGUAAAACUUA